AUGGAGUCUCCAGAUUUUUUAUUUUUCAAAUUUCCUGGCGAAGGCUCGAUUAUUGCGGCUUGCGGCUCUCCCAUGGGUAUUGGAGGGUCAUUGCGCAUUCCCGCUUUCAUGUGUGGGCUUUUCGCCCAUAAACCCAGCUGCGACGUCGUGUCCACGCACGGGUUGACAUUCCGCACCGGCGAAGAAAAAAACACCAUGGUGGUGGCCGGACCCAUGGUGCGACACAGCGAAGAUAUAAUUCCGUUUUUGAAAGUAUUAGGUGGGGAGAACGUCGCCAAGCUCAAACUAGACGACGAAGUCGAUAUUUCCAGUAUUAAAGUCUACUACGUGACGGACCCCAAGGACCCCAAAGUCAGUCCCAUCCGGGACGAAAUGAACAAAAUAUUACUCCGAGUCGUGCGUCACUUCACCCAAACCAACUCAAAACCGGAGCUGGUGAACUUCGAGGAGUUGAGUUACGGGGGUAAAAUUUGGAGGUACUGGAUGACCCAAGAGCCUGACACCAAUUUCAACCGAGACUUGACCAAUCGCGAGGGCGAACUCAACUCGGUUGUCGAGUUGUGUAAAUACGUCAUCAGAUGUAGCGACUUUAAUAUCGCGAUUAUGUUUAAUCUGAUUAAUGGGUUGCUGCCUGCAGAGAACGAAGAGUGGGCUGUGGAGACAACUAAUAUUAUUUAUAACAAGUUGUCGACGCUGUUGGGGACGAAUGGCGUCCUCAUUUACCCCUCGGCCCCCUGGCCUGCCAAUUAUCACUAUUCUGCUGUUCUCAGGCCGUGGAACUAUAAUUUGUUUGCGAUUUGGAACGCGGUCAAGUUUCCCGUGACGCAGGUUCCUUUGGGGUUGACUGACGAGGGGCUGCCGCUGGGGGUGCAGGUGGUGGCGCCCCCUGGCCAGGAUCGACUCACCAUUGCGGUGGCCAAGGAGUUGGAGAAGGCCUUCGGGGGGUUCGUGCCCCCGUUUGAAAUGUAGAUGCUUGGUUUGGUGGGGGUGGGGUUAAAGGGUGAACAAGUACUACUUAAUUAGGUGCUAAGUAAUGUGAUGUCUGCUUGAUAUUUAAUAAAGUAUUUUAACUA